AAGCCGCACGAACAUGACGUUUCGCGAUAGUUUCAAAUUUUACAAAGCUAGAAAACCUCCACCGGACUUGUCCGAGGUGAUCGACAUUCGAAAUCCCGAUGGAAAAAUUGUUAAAAAAGUGAAUGUAUCUCCCUUUGGAGCUGCAUGUAUUUCCGAACAACUACAAACGGAUUUGGACUUUAAACCAGUUGAGAAUUGGAAUGUUUUUGAAUUUCCCAGUAUACCAGGACUGCUGGUGAUCGAAAAUCCAUUCAAGCCUGAAAGUCAAAGAAAAUGGAUUUUAAAAUGUUUGAGAGAUUAUCCAUGCAAACCAAAUAUCACCAAUCUCGAUGCACAUGAUGUACUAGAAAAUGGUACUACGUGGUGGGAUGCUUGUUGUGGCUUGAAUCCCAGAAAAGAUCUGGUUUCAAAAUUAAGAUGGACAACUUUGGGCUACCAUCAUAAUUGGGAUACAAAACAAUAUUCAGAAGAUUUAAGAACAAAAAUGCCAGAGGAUUUGACUCACAUGACAAAAUACUUUGCUAAAGUUUUGGGUUUUCAUGACUUUGAAGCUGAAGCAGCAAUUGUCAAUUACUACAGAAUGAAUUCAACUUUAGCUGGCCAUACGGAUCAUUCAGAAGUCAAUCUCGAUGCACCUCUCUUCUCUAUAAGUUUUGGCCAGAGUGCUGUAUUUUUAAUUGGUGGGCCUACGCAAGAAGAACCUGCGCAUGCCAUGUACUUACGUAGUGGUGAUGUCAUGGUAAUGUCGACUUCGUCGAGACUAAGGUAUCACGGUGUGCCAAAAAUUCUUUAUGAUCCUGAAGAACUAUGGAAUUCAAAAGACUCUUGUGUAAUCGAUGAUGACUGGAUUAAAGCGAAAUCGUACAUAGCUGAUGCUCGAAUCAACGUAAAUGUUAGGCAAGUUUUGAUGCCUGGACAGCUGUCAUUGUGACAGUUAUUAAGAAAUGUUUUUUAUAGAGACGUAAACAGAAAUAUAUUUAUCGUUUUUAAAAAAAACUCAAGUCAUUUUUCCUGUUACAAGUGUAUUCCCUUUUAUGAU